UUUUCUUUUCCUGUUUUGCUGUUUUUUUUUUUUUUUUUUUGUUUUAUGAGACCGCACGAAACAUGGGGUACUUUUUUGCAAUUGUGCUCGAUUAAUCCUCCAUGCCUAUCUAUGCUGCGUGUUGUUCUGUGUCUUUGAUUCUUUGCCCCUACCUAUUUCUUUUCCUCUUCUUGAUACCACUACUACUAUACCUACUCUAUGCUACGCCUUGUAUGAUUUCCAUUCUUCUUCUUCUUCUUCUUACUCUUCUUCUACUUCUGCUUCACACUUCUUGUCUUAUCACCAUAGCAUUAUCACUCUACUGCUGAGUGGAAUUAGUAUUCAUUCAUCUGUAUUCAUCUGUAUCUUCAAAGUUCAAUUCAAUUCAAGGAAGUUAUCCAUCCUCA